AUGGAUGAUGCUGCCGUCCUCAAGCGACGAGGCUACAUCAUGGGAAUCAAUUUGGGAGAGGGCUCGUAUGCGAAAGUCAAAUCCGCUUACUCUGAGCGCCUGAAGUUCAACGUGGCGGUCAAGAUCAUCGACCGCAAGAAAGCCCCCACAGACUUCCUGGAGAAAUUCCUUCCCCGGGAAAUUGAGAUUCUGGCCAUGCUAAACCACCACUCCAUCAUCAAGACCUACGAGAUCUUUGAGACCUCUGACGGCAAGGUCUACAUCGUCAUGGAGCUCGGGGUCCAGGGCGACCUCCUUGAGUUCAUCAAGACCCGGGGGGCCCUGCAGGAAGACGAUGCGCGCAAGAAGUUCCACCAGCUGUCCUCAGCCAUCAAGUACUGCCACGACCUAGAUGUUGUCCACCGAGACCUCAAGUGUGAGAACCUUCUCCUCGACAAAGACUUCAACAUCAAGCUGUCCGACUUCGGCUUCUCCAAGCGCUGCCUGCGGGAUGACAGCGGCCGACUGACACUGAGCAAGACCUUCUGUGGGUCGGCGGCGUACGCGGCCCCCGAGGUGCUUCAGGGCAUCCCCUACCAGCCCAAGGUGUAUGACAUCUGGAGCCUAGGCGUGAUUCUCUACAUCAUGGUCUGCGGCUCCAUGCCGUAUGACGACUCCAACAUCAAGAAGAUGCUGCGCAUCCAGAAGGAGCAUCGCGUCAACUUCCCGCGCUCUAAGCACCUGACGGGCGAGUGCAAGGACCUCAUCUACCGCAUGCUGCAGCCGGACGUCAACCGGCGGCUGCACAUCGACGAGAUCCUCAGCCACUGCUGGGUGCAGCCCAAGGCCUGGGGCCUGUCCUCUGCAGCCAUCAACAAGGAGGGGGAGAGCUCUCGGGCCACCGAACCCCCGUGGACUCCUGAGCCCAGCUCCGACAAGAAGUCUGCCACCAAGCUGGAGCCCCGGGAAGAGGCCCGGCCCAAGACCUGGGCAGAGACAAGACCCGAGGAGGAGGCGCUGGCGGUGCAGGUGUCAAGGCAGUCAGAGGCCAUGGGCCUCACCAGCGAGCAACCCAGCAAGGAGAUCAAGGAAGGGGCCACCCCGCAGCCUUCAGAGACACACACCUAG